UCCGACCUGGCUGUCCAGUUGCUGGAUUUUGGCCCGCGGAUCGCAGGGCUUGUAAACUUCUUGUUAAUCUUGUACGCGCCGUCUCUGACGCAGACGUUUAUCUUACAGAAUUGCCUGACAAGUUCCCGCACGCCUGCUUUAGGAACAACGCAAACAUUACACUAUUUAGGGGUCUACUUGUUUGCAUUCAUCCGCUCAUCACAAAUCCGCGUAAUGUUGGCGCUAUUUAGGGGUCUACUUGUUGUUGCGCUGCUUGGGUUAGGCACUGUUACGGACGCGGCGGGCGCCACGUAUUCGCUUGACGAUGCCUUGCAGCGUGUGCGAGAAGAGGCGGCACACAUCGGUCAGCAGCUGCGGGACAGCAAGCGAGCUGAAGACAAGCUGAAGCUCAUGCGGCAAGAUGUUCAGAACCUUUACUCCCUGGCCAAAGGGACAGCAUGGGAGGCGGCAGUUCCGUACAUCAUCAAUGCCCGAGUGGCGUGGAUCCUGUUCACCAUUCGCAUGGAGCGGACCGGGCAGCGGGUGGUGGCGGCGGUCAAGCCUUGGGUAGCAGCCACGCACGCCCAAGCGCUGCAGCUGCACUUCACCAACGUAGAAGCGGUGCAGGAGCAGGUGGUAGCACGGCUGCCGGAGCGACUGCGGGAGGCGGUAACGCGUCUGCAUGUGCAGCAGGGAUUAUUCCUGGUGUACAGCGGCCUGGCAGCGGGGCUGCUGUCAGUGAUGCUGCGGCGCAUAGCCUAAGGCCGUGUCACGGUGUAUGGUAGAUUGUGGCACUGAAUGCGUGCCGUUGCGUUACGACGUCCAUGGACAGGAGUGGGCGCACAAUGCCCACUCAUAGCGGCGUCUGCAAGCGCAGGGUUAUGCUUAAGUUGAUGGCCAUAGUAUGCUGCCGGUGAUGAGCUCGUAGAGGAUCAGGUGCGCAGCUGAAGCAGUCUGACCUGGGUUGAGAACCCGCAUGAACCUGCCCGACUUCCGCGGAAUCCCGAGUUGCAUGCUGCUGCCCGGACGUUAAAGCCACC